GGUAUUCGCAGACAACAAAUUUUUUCAUCAACUUGUCAAAAAAUGACAAAUAUUCGUUUUUAGUUUUUUCAACCUAUAAAAGUCUAAAGAACGACCUCGCAUUUUCUUUCAACAUCACAGUUUAGUAAUAUUUGUGCGCUUUGAAUUGAUACAUGGUCAAUAUGAUACAUUCAAUAUUAUACAUUUUCUUGGCUGUUUUGCUUGUCAACGGAUCACCAAAUCUAGGAGGAUGGUAUUCCUUCACAUCAGACACUGAUCACGAACGAUUGGAUCAUGAAAAUGAUCACGAAUUACCAAAAGAACAAUUACAUCGUCUGGCGAAUGACUCUAACGAGAAUAUCAAAUUUAUAAAUUCGGAUGAUUCGCUACCUAUUGGAGAUCUUUUACGAGAAGUUAAGAAAAAACCUAAAAGGAGCCUCAGCAGAGAGAAGCAGGAAAACAAGAUUGAGAAUCCAGAAGAUUCGUUCUCCAUUGAAGAUCUUCGACAUAAAAUUGAGAAAAAUUCUCGUGAAAAAAGCGAAAAUAAGGAAGAAGAGGAAAUGCAAGUUGUAAAUCCGCAUGAUCCGCUGCCCAUUGAAGAUCUUUUGGAAGAAAUUGAGAAGUCUGAAGGAAAUGACACCGCAGAAAACAAAGAAAUGAUGGGAAUAUUGGAACAAUUAGAAAAUGUUGUGACAGACAACACAAAGACCCAAGCGAAUAUUCUCAUAAAAGGGUUUUGGCACGUAGUUGAUUUAGGAAUACCAGGAAGUAAGCGAAGAGAAGCAGCGAAAGAACAAACCUUGACUUUAUUCGACCGUUUCCUCAGAAUUUUGAGAAAUGUUUACGAAUGGUUCUGGGGAUGCUUCGGUUACGAUAUGAAAGAAAAAGAGGAGAAAAAUGUAAGCAUAGUCACGGUUACAGAAUACGAAAACGAUGGGGAUGAUACUAAAAAGGAAGGUGAAGAAAAAGAUGAUGAUUCUGAUACUGCAACAAAAGGGAAACUCAAAACAGUCGGUAAAGAUGGUAAACCAUUAGCAGGCACAGGCGAUGGAAAAGUUGGAGCAACGGAUCCUAAGAAUAAAGACCCUAAAACGCACACAGCCUCGAACGGCAGACUCGUUUACGAUGGCGAUUGGAAAGAUAGUAAAGAACUCGAAAAAGCUAUGAAAUCUCUCAAUGAUUUGUCAGUUUUGUUGGAUGGAAAGUUGAAAACUCGCGAAGAAGUUGAUAAAGAACUGAAAGAAGCACAAGAUAACAAAGAUGUUAACAACAGAUUCUACAAGCAAUCAGAAAAAUUCAAAACUUAUAGAGAAGAAGCUAAAGAUCCUCGAGUAUGGACGGAAGAAGAAGCUCUGAAAAAAUUGAAAGAAAUGGAUGAAGCGUUUGAUAAGACAACUGACAAGAAAGAGAUGGUGAAAGAUAUUCUUAGUUUGAGUUUGCAACCUUUGUACUACGUUGAAACAUACGAUGAAAUAAUGAAGAUGAUCGAUCGAUUGAAGAAGAGUGGAGUUCCCGAAAAGGAUCUGGUGGAUGCCGAAGAUUCAGCGUACGAAAAUAUAUUGUUCUCUUUGACACACUUGAUUCAAAAAACACCAAGGGACGUAUACCUGCAAGAGAAACACGCCGCCCAUGAAAAGAUUUCUGAAGAAGAAAAACAAAAACACGGAUACCCUGAAAAAUUAACCGAAGAAGCUGUUCUUACAAAAUUAGGUGAAAUGGAAAAGAAUUUCGCUACAGCAGACAAACCAGCGAUGGUGAAAGAUGUCACUACCAUGUCUAUGCAACCAUUUUUACACAUUGAUACGUACGAUAGAAUAUUCGACGUGAUUAAAAAAUUGGUUGAAGCUAAAGUACCUGAGACGGAUCUGAAACUCGCCCAUGAUGCUAUCAAACGAGAGUCAAGAUUUGUUAUAAUGGAGAACCUUUUAAAAAGAACUGUGGUAUCAGACCAAGAGCUGUACAAAAUACAAGUAGAGAAGGCUAAACAAAAAAGAGAAAAAAUAAAAGAUCCUCGAGAAUUCACCGAAGAACAAGCUACGCAGAGGAUUGAAGAAAUGAAAACCAAUUUUGAUUCGACAGGAAAAGAUGUAAUGGUUAAGGACGUCACAAAUUUGAGUAUGCAACCUUUAUAUCACGUUGAAACAUACGACAAACUAGAUCAAUUUAUAGAUGAUAUGAAGAAAAAGAAAGGAGCUACUGAAGAAGAAUUGAAACCAGCUGUUGAAUCGCUGAAAGAAGAGAAGGAAUUCGCUCUCGAACACGAUUUGCAACGAACACGCCAGGGAUCCAUAGCAAACCAACUGCAUGACAUGAAACUUCGGUACGUUAAACAAGUAGCUUUAACCACAGCUGAAAAACACAAUCUAUUGAAGGAACUGGAAAUACUUAAAGGACGGCAAGAUUUAACAGCAGAUGAAGUUAAAAGUUCCAGGAAAUUAAUUCAACUACUGAAGGGAGAUGAUUUUGAAGGAGAACGCGACAAAGUUGGACCAAUAUAUAACACAAUAAUGGAGAACGCAAAAAGGUAUCCUGCGGGUAAAACACAAAUAAAUCCCGGGAAUUGGGUCACAAAUGUGAAUCCGAAUGAUUUUGUACUAGGAAAAGUCGUAGAUGGAAAAGUAGUUAAAGCUUAAGAUAUAAUUUCAUUCCAGUUUAGCCCAUAUUUAUGCUUGUAACUAUAAUAUAUCUACCUAUCUACGUAAUAUGUAUAAUAUUUAAGCUAAAUAGUUGUUGUUGUAUAGGUGUAGGUACCUAUCUAGUUAGUAAAAUGAGAUAGGCAUCCAAGUAAUAAUUUUGUUUUGUGCUCAAGCAGGUAUGAACCAUAAAGUGCAUAGAAGACCGAAGUGUGAUAAAAAGUUGUAUUAAUGGCUCUAAAAGGUCUUUUUUCAAGUUCAAUAUUAUCAAUACCUUAAAUAAACAAAUAAUAAUAUGUACCUACCAAAGUAAGAAUGUAAUGAAAUGGAAAAUAAACAUUUUCAGUUGA